AUGAAAUGACACCGAAAAUAUUGUCCAAAACUUGUAUCGAAGACAAAGGGUGGGGUGCUUCUAUUAAGGGCUUUAUUGCCAAAACUUAUUUAUUAUUAUUGGUAUAUAGUUGUUCGUCUUCUGUCUUGCCUGAAUUUCCUUGGACACCGGGUCCACUUCGAUAGCACCCGCCAUUGGAAUUUAAUCGCUGAACAACUCCCCUCUAUCGUUUUUUAA